UUGGUGGAAAAUGAAGCAGAUGAAGCAGAAAUGAUUCAAUUCAGGAAGUACAGUUAAAAAGUCGGGUCUUGAAUCUGCGCUUAGAGCAACAUUUUCUGCAGCUCUCAGGUUCUCUGGCAGACCGUUUCACAAACUGGGCCAUGAUACUGGAGAGAAGCCUCACCAUCAGUGUGAGCUCUGGCUCUUGGACCUGUUAGUAGUCCGGUGCCAGAGAACCUCAGGGCCUACAGGGGUUCAUAAGGUAACAGCAGUUCUGCAAGAUAAGAUGGUGCAAGACCAUUAAGAAUUUUAAAAACCAGUAAAAGAAUCUCAAACUCAAUCUUGAGACGUACUGGGAGCCAAUGCAAGGAUCUUAAGACCAGUGAUGUGAGCCUGUCUUGGCUAGCAGUCGAGCCGCAGAGUUUAGUUUAGUGGAAUCUAAACUAAAUGCUAUAGCAACAUAGCAUUAAGGAGAAACUAAUGCUAAAGCGCAUUGAUGCUAUAUUACAUCAAUGUAAUAUUAUAAUGCUCAAUUGCUACAUCAACACACUAUUUAGUGGAAACUAAUGCUAAAGCACUAAAUGUAAGUAGCUUUAAGCAGAAGCUAAAAUGAAAGCUAAAGCAAUACGUCAACAUAGCAUGCUAAACUGCUAUAUCAAUGUAGCUUUAGCAGUAAUGCUAAAGCGUUAUAGCAACAGUCUUAAACACCACUCUUAACAUCCUUUAAUACAGUGGAAACCGUCUUAACGCUACAGCAGAAGCUAACAUGUAUUAUCUUCUUAAUCUCUGGGGUUUUAGUGUCAGUAUUGCUUACUAAGUAGCAUUGUUGCUAAGUUUUUCAGCUUCCAAAGCUGCUACACGUUUAAAUCUGUUGUCCAAAAAUUGUGCAAAUAAUUUGGAGUUCUGCAGAAAAUCCUGGGAAACCGUUAACUGGAAAUGGGUGGUGUCCGCUGUAUCCCUAUGUUUUCAUACAAACAAUGACAUCACCACUGAAUUCAUCCAGUACUUAAAGAAUUGUUAACAGUUAAUAACCAAAACUUCAACACAAGUAUUGAAAUUUAGCUCUCUUGUAGUUUACAAACGAGUUGAGUAAAUUAUCACUUUAGAAUUUGUCUGGAAAAAAUCCAUUUAGGGGAAGCUAAGUGUGCUAAACGUUUCCCAAUUUCAGCUAAGCUAACAAUUAGCAGAUUAGCUGGUAGUGCCCACCACUGUCUUAAUUUCACUUAAAAUCUUAUCUUGCUAAGAGUUUCUCUUUGUUUGCUUCACAGGAGUGGCUGAAAGUUUAACAAGAUGUUCUUCAUCUCACAAGAUUGAAGGAAAAUCUGCAUCAAAUGAAACAAAGUUCCCAGAAUAACUUUUAUUGCACCUGCGCUUGAAAUAACCUUCAAUCAUGUCAAAGGAUGAAGCUUGCAAAGUUACGUCUGCCGGCAAACACAAAGAGCGAAAACCGAAGAAGCCGCACUACAUCCCGCGACCAUGGGGCAAACCCUACAACUAUAAAUGCUUUCAGUGUCCCUUCACCUGCAUGGAGAAAUCCCACCUGUACAACCAUAUGAAGUACAGCCUCUGCAAGAACUCACUGUCUCUGCUCAUAGAGUCGGACUGGCCUUACAAGAAGGGCAACAUCCUGCACCCAGACCAGCUGCGGCCCUUCCAGCAAGCGCACGGCCUGCACGCUGCAGGGAAGGAUGAACUAGAGCAGGUAAUCUGCAGCCAGGAGAAGCAGAGCCAACGGAGGUCUGAGGAGGAGGACGGUGAGGGCAGAGAGACUCAGGGAGCGGAGGAUGAGGAAGAGGGAGGGCGAGAGGAGCGCCCAGAAAUCAGCGGAUCGGCCAAAGCUGGUUCCAACAACGGCAGAGGAGAGUCUCCAGAUACCGCAACCAAAAGGAGCAAACAGCCAGAGUCAGAGCUGCUGAUGGCCGACAUGCUUUCUCUGGAAGAUCAGCUGCUGCGAGCUCGCUCCGCAGAGGUGGAGGCCCAGCUCAGGCACUACAAGCUACCGAAGACAUGCCUAGCAAGUCCUGGGCUUCUGUCGGAGCAGUGGCGGCUGUUUGCAUCCAGCCACUCAAAGGCUAAAGCAGAAGGCGCGCAGCAGCGAGUGAGCGGUUCAAUUCCCUGCUACUCUCCUCCGACCAACCUGGUGGACUACCAGGACCCCGGCGGACUCAACCUGUCAGUGCUGGGCGUUGGCUAUCCCAUCAGCCCCAGCUGGCUCUCCUACAUGAACUCAGCCAUUCCGACGGGGGCGUCCAGCGUCGCCGCUCAGACCCACGCGCAGUUCACACAGCUUCCCUUCCUGGCAUCGGCUGCUCAGCUGGUGCACCCGGCAUCCAGCACGCAAACAGACCGAGCGCUCAUCCCCCCUCACCUCUACUACCCCUUCCUGUGUGAGCACACCUUCGGACCAGCGAGCGCUCAGAGUGAUGCUGGCAAAUCUCUAAAGACGCCAUCAAGCAGCGUAGAUUCAAGCGCUUUAUCUGGUUUCCAGCCUAAAGUCGGUUUGUGGAAGGUUCCUGCUUUGAGGCCGGGAAACACGGCGUCCCCUGCUGGUUGGGUGUCGCCUCAGAGAGACUCACCUGACCAAGGCUACAGAGGCGGGGAGAAGAUCCAAGCUACAGCCAAGGAAGGCAAAGUGAUCUGUGGCCUCAAGAGGGCUGGAGGUCCGAUUAGAGGUCCUGAGUCCCCGGUGGAGAAGAAGCAAGCCAUGGGCUUCACUUUGGACCUUCUGAGGAACAUUCAGACUGGGUCCGCUGACAAACAUCUCCUACAAAUAAGUUUACAGGAUUCACAGCUUCAGAGCCGGCCUGGUGACAACUGGUACAACAAGACUCCCAUCAGUCCCAGCAGGGAAGCGGCCUUUUUGUCAGCUGGGGCCAACAGCCAAGACGCGGCUGCCUCCGGCGCCAUCGAAGAUGGAGCAUCAGAGUCGGUGGCCGCUCUCCUCACCGAUCUCUCCAAGGCUCUACAGCAGUACCAGGAGGCCGAGCGGAAGAUCUCCCACCUCGAGAAGGAGGACCUUCCCGCCCAGCGACCACUGUGGGAGCACCUGAACAAAAUCCGCAGCGAGCUCUCCCACAUCCACCAGGAGCUGGAGCGCACGGCCGGCCAGAGCGACGGACCUCUAGACCUGUCGGUGAAGAAGGAGUCAACGGACUCACCAGGCGAGCAAACUGUUCGAGAAGACGGCAGCCUUAGAGCCAGCGCCAUGGAGACGGAAGAGGAGGACGAGGAGGCGGAGGAGGAGAAGAGCGAAAAAGAAGAGGAGGACGAGAGCGAGGGGAAGCUGAUUAGGGCGUCGCUGGAGAAGCGUAAGCAGUCGCUGGACAUGCUGAUCAAGAUGAGCCAGGUGUCGGUCGUGAACACCGAGGUUCUGCCGCCAGGCGGUGUCGGUUUGAGGUCGGCUGAGGCGCUGUGGCCCAGCAGAACCACGAAGUGUGAAGCAGAUUCCAGCGUCUUGCUCUGCCCCGACGGCCGAUCCGUCGUGUUUACCGACAUCCCGACCUCCGUCAAACCUCCGAAGAGACCGUCGUCCAUCCAGCGACUGGAGGCCCAGUGUCCGCCGAGUCCCUUAACGCCCCCCGACAGCUAAGCUUCAGCAUUCGCACCUUACAAGACCAAGAGAAUGAAAAUGUCCUGUUUGUUUCUCUAAUCUGAAGAGAAAUCAAAUUGUUUCCGUCGAACCUCAACAAUUGAGUCCAUUGAGAAUCAUGCAGAGAGACAAUCUUGUGACCAAGUGUGUAAAAUAAUGUAAAUGCAAUAAAUGUAAUUAGUGGAAAAGGUUUUAAAGGGAAAACGCUGUUCUACGAUGUUCUGUUUGGCUGCUUCAUUAAAUUUGAUUAAUAUAAUGUAUUAUACACUGUAUAAACCAUGAGAGUCAUUGUUUUCAAACUCAAGACAAAAAUAAAAAUAUUAAAUAGAUAGAUUUUCUUUCCCCCAUAAAAAAGUCCCAAGCCAUUAUCU